AUGGAUCAAAAGAAGGACCCAAGUAAUAACUUAACAGAAAGAAGGGUUUCCAAGGUCCAACGCCCAAAUAAGAAAAAGGUACGAAAUCAAGUUGAAUCACUUUCUAGAAACCUAGAGAGAAAUAAAGAGGGACAGCUUCUGCAGACUGUAUCAAAAGGUCAUUUAGAAGCUGAUUCUGGACACUCACUGGGUCGUGAAAAAGAGAACGGUGAACUCGGUAUAAGAAGUAUAUUUUACGAUAAAGACUGGAAUCCAAGAGGCACUGCACCAUCACAUUACAGAAAUAUACCUUAUAAUCCUGCCACUUUCAAAAGGCGAACUGAAGUUCAAGCCAGACUGGGAAACCUCGAGAAUAUCAAAAUACCAAAGUGA